CUGAAUGGUGGGAGAUCUAGUCGACCCUGGUUCUGUUUUUUAUCGCCAGUCUUGGUUAAUACUUAAUCGUGUAUUCAACGCGACAGGAUUGAUUUUGGGAAAAAGACCAACAUUUGGACUGUUUCUAAUUAUUUUUUGUUUACUGUUGAUUAUUGUUAUAAACACAAGUAAUAUAUUCAAAAUGUUCUCGAUUAGUCAAGUAUUAAUACUCAUUUUCAUCGUUACGAAAUCGUUAUCCCAAUCGAGUCCUGACGCUUGCAGGAAUCCUAAUGGCGAUGUGGGCUCUUGCAUUAAUAUACGCCAAUGUACCGCUCUCAUGAAUAUCCUUCAAUCUCGACCACUGGACCCGCAGAACGUUAGAUUUCUACAGGAAUCCAGGUGUGGAUUUGAAGGUCGAGACCCCAAAGUUUGCUGUGUUGGGCAGCAUCAAUCGGUGGGGCCUGAUUCGGAUCAAAAUGGGGAAACUAACAACGGAAGUAUUGCCUCUCGGGCAGAUCUUCUGCCUGAUGAUUGUGGUCGUGACCUCUCGUUGAGAAUACUCGGAGGAGAACGAGCCGAAAUUGAUGAGUUUCCCUGGAUGGUACUCCUUGAAUAUCAAAAGCGUAAGAAAAUAAAUAGAAAUAAUAAUACUUUAUGCGAAUCAGUGAGUGAGUGGAAAAAAUGUGACUGAAUUUUUUUU